GAAUGGGCAACAGUAGACAAACCUCUCUAGGAGUUGUGCUGUAAGUGAAGCAGAAAUGGCAGUGUAGCUAGAUGGGAAGUGGUCACUUUUUAAAUUUUUAAAAAAAUUUAUUAAUUAUUUAUUAAUUUUAUUUUUUAAAUUAAUUUAUUUAAAAAAAGAUUUGACAGAGAAAGAGCACAAGCAGGGGGAGCGGCAGGCAGAGGGAGAGGGAGAAGCAGGCUCCCCACGAAGCAGGAAGCUUGGUGCGAUGCGGGGCUUGAUGCGAUGACCUGAGCUGAAGGCAGAUGCUUAACUACUGAGCCACCCAGGCGCCCCUGUUCACUUUUUUAAUAGAAGAAAUUAAAAUAUGUUGGUAUACUGAAUAAUAUAGAGAGGAUGAUAGGAGAAAAGGGGAAUUGCUGGGGCGGUAUCUUAGAGAAAAAUGAGGAGGGUAGGAUUCAGUGUACAGUUGUCGAAAUCGGUCUUAACAGGCAGUUUAUACAGUCACAGGAGGGAGACAAUUAGGUGGGUAAAUUAAGUGAUGUGAAAAUGUGAGUUUACUGGGGCGCCUGCGUGGCUCAGUCGUUAGGCGACGGGCUCCCUGCUCAGCGGGAAGCCUGCUUCUCCCUCUCCCACCCCGCCGCUUGUGUUCCUGCUCGCUCUAUCGAUGUCUCUGUCAAAUAAAUAAACACAAUCUUAAAAAAAAAAAUGUGAGUUUACUGAUCCCCAUGAUUUUCUUAGUGAAAUAGGAAGCAAAGUCAUUAGACAAGGCAAGAGUAAGGAUGGAGAAGAAAGUGAUGGAGGUUUGAUGAGAAGGAAAUAUGACAUAAUUCUUUAGGAUGAUGGGUGGGGCCCAGCGGAGCAGGCUCUGGAGAGCUCCGUUCUCCUUGAGAGAUUAGUCCCUCCGGGCGCUCGGUAGUCUGCGCCCGUUUCCUUGGAGACGGAGACGAGGGACGGGUCUCGCUGGGAAGUUUCAGUGGCCUAGGUUACCACGCGGUCCACGCUGAGGCAAGAAAGUCGGAGAAGCCGAAUAAUAAGUAUCGCAAGAGAUCAGGGCUCCACAGACUCACUACUCGUCUUCCAUUUUCCCCAAUGGCGCGCGUCUUUCCGAAACCCAACCACUCUGGGAUUCGCUCCACAGUCCACAACUUCCAGAAUCUGGAUUAUGUUCCAUGGCAGCGGUCCAAGCAGAAAACCAAGUCACCUACUCUGCCUCCCCUCCUACAAACCAGAGGCCACCAGAAGAGCAAAACGAAGACUUUGCCUAGCGUCCUUCCAGGGUUGCAUUCCAAGCCCACCAUGUUGAUGACAAGCCAGCUGAGGAAUCCACAAGAAAAGCACAGAGGGAGGUUGGACUUUGGGAAGAUACAGGCCAAAAUCCGGCUAUUGAGGACGUUGCUCAGGAACCGGCAAACCACACUCCAGGAGCUCUCCAACCAUGAGGUCUUCCUCACCAAGCUCAACUGGGAGCUGAUCAAGGCCAUCCAGGACAUGGAAGACAGCUCGGCCCUGAAAGUGCGCACGAUGCUGUAUCGGCAGGACAUCCUUGAGACUGUCAUGGAUAUCUUGGAGUGCUCGAACAAGAAGAAGCUGCAGAAGCUCAAGGAAGAACUUAAGGAGUGGGAGGAGAAGGAGGAGUCCAAGAUGCAGUGCCUGGCACGGCAGGUGGAACAGCUGAAUGCCAAGAUUGAGAAGACCUACAAGGAAGUGAGCUUCCUGAGCACGUACAUGGACCACGAUUAUCCUGUCAGGUCGGUCCAGAUUGCCAACCUUGUGCGCCAGCUGCAGCAGAUAAAGGACAGCCAGCAGGAUGAGCUGGAUGACCUUAGUGAGAUGCGCAGAAUGGUCCUGCAGUCUUUGUCUAAUCAGAUUCAGAAGAAGAAGAGAAAGCUUCUGAAAGCUCUGGUGGUGAAAAGCCAGCAACCCCAUCAGGAGGCUCUUCUGCAGAAGACCCAGGACAACCAGGACAUGCUGAAGUGCAUGGACAAGUUCAGAGAAUUUAUCAACCAGUUUGAGGAGGAAAUACCCAUAUUGAAGGCAGAGGUGGAGCAGCUCCAGGUCCAGGUCCAGGAGCCCCGAGAGAUCAUAUUUGCGGAUGUUCUGCUUCGGAGACCCAAGUGCACCCCAGACAUGGACGUCAUCCUCAACAUCCCGGUAGAAGAGCUGCUACCCUUCUAGUGGGGCCAGGGGCCAGCCUUUCCUCCCUGCUCUUUUCCCCAUACCCGGAGCCUUGAAUUGUCUUCUUCCAUGACUGCAUGCCCACUCAGAGCCUAGUCUGCUCUCCCUCCCUCCCCUCCUUCCCUGCCUCCCUUUCUUCCCUCUUUUCCUUCCUUCUUUCCUUCCUUCCUUUCUUCCCUCCUCCCACCCUCCCUUUCUCCCUCCACCCUUCCUCUCCUUUCCUUCCUUUCUCUCUCCCUCCACCCUUCCUCUUUUCUUUCUGGUUGGUGCCGCUGCUUGGGCCAGGUGGGCAUUCCCAGUCAAGUCUGCCAUUCCUUUUGACCAAUAAAGCUGGAUUUGCAUUUGCUCUUUUA